CCUUCAAAACGAAGACGACUCGAUCGCGUGACUGCAGCAUGCGAUCUCUGCAAGGCUCGCAAGGUCAAAUGCGACGGCACGCAGCCAUGCGCGUAUUGUCAACGGAAGAAGCGUGCUGAUACAUGCGCGUUCUCGACUGCCCGUCCGCAGACCACUCGUUCGGCAGGCAACACUCCCGGCAAUGCCUCUCGCGUUCCUGCCGGUCAUUCGCCCGCUCAUUCAAGAUGCGAGAGGCCCAGAAGCGAGGAGCCAGUGCAUCUUCCGCGGGCUCUUCAGCAAACUGGUCUCGAAGAGCCUGUUCCGCCUCCAGUUGGUCGAGAUGACCACCAUGAAGACACGGUUGUGCCACUUGAAGCUCGUCUGCUGCGAGACGCACAGGGAAAAGUCAUAUUUGUUGGAGACUGUGCGCCACUGUCUUUUCUGCAGACUGUCAGGCAUCUGAUCGCGUCUGAGGUCGAUCCGGAUGGCUUUACCAUUGCAAUAUCUCGUGUACGUAUUGACGGAGAUGCUAUCAUAGAAGUCGCUCGUCCUACGCCGUCCGGAGAACGAUUGACCACAUUACCUCCGACAGUAGACCCAGGUGAAGUGCAUGCACUGGUCACCGAGUAUCUCGUCGUGACCACUGGUCUGGCCGAUUUGUUCGAGGGCGGUCAUUUGAAUUCAGAUGUGUCUUCUUGGGCAAGGAGUCCAUCGACUGUCGAUCCUGUGAAAGCUGCAACCUAUCGCUUAGUGCUGGCGAUUGGGAUUCAAGAAAAGGACGAAGCAAGAGCUGAGGCCUGGUUCAAAUGUGCGAGAGACGACCUACUAAUGAACAUGUGUGGCAGCAUGACUGUUCCUACUGUGCAAGGCUUUACUUUGAUUGCUCUGUAUAUGCUACGAGCAUUCCAGCCGAACGGAGCAUACUUGUACUUUUCUUUGGCCGCUCGUACUGCUUACGCAAUAGGUCUACAUCGCACCGAAGUCAAUGCAUCCUUCGGACCGUCUAAACACACAACAAGAGACCGUAUAUGGAAGACUCUCCGCGUGGUCGACAUGCUGAUUAGCAACAUUCUUGGUCGUCCGCCCUCGGCAUCGGACGUGGACUGCACGGUCAAAUACAGUGCCGUUGAAAUCAGCCUGCCUUACCAUAUCUUGGACUCCAGCGUCCAGAUCUUCAUGAUAAUCGAGCGAGUCGUGGUCGAAGUCUACUCUCGUAAGCGGAUCUCCAUCCGCAUCGCCAAAUAUGUGUCGCAACAGAUGAGAGCUUGGGCCUCCAAAUGGCUUCGUGCCUUGGUCGAUGCCACAUCACACCAGAGUCAGAACACUCAUGGUCGAGACACCGUCGUCGGUGCUUGUCAGGUUCUCUGCUCAUACUACUACUGCAUUAUGCUGCUCACGAGGCCUUUCUUGAUCUACGACCUCUACGAAUGUCUAGGAGCAUCUUUGAAAGCUCACGGCACGCAAGCAGAAAACGACGAGAAGAGGAAGUCUUGGUUGUUCACCACUUCUCUCGUUCUCGCGGUCGGAGUGUUGGGCCGCAGCGGAUUGGCAUACGAAGAGAGCUGCAAAGCUUCGAUCCAGUGUAUGGAAUACUUUGCCGAAGUCGACCCUCACGCACGACAGUACGCCCUCAUUGUGCAGUCACUCAUUGGAACCACAACAAAACAUGUGAAAGAGCGAGAAUCUCGCCUGAGAUCGGAACGGAAGCAAGCUUCUUCUCAAUUGUUUGGUAUCCUACCGAGCGAUGCC